AUGGAUGGACAGGGCUGGAACAGGGAUAUGAAGGCAAUUGUUACUGUAUUUCAGAACAUGUCGUCGGUUCAUGUUUUCUCACCUGAAGUAAAGAUGGUGAGUGUGGGGGUAGGUACAAGGUCCGAUUGGGUGAGAAAAUCCUGUCCAGGCUCUGGAACUUAUAUAGAGACAGAUGAGGCUGUCUUGCGAAGAAGACAAAAGCAGAUAGAUUAUGGGAAAAAUACCAUUGGUUACCAGCACUUUGUCCAACAGGUUCCCAGGAUGGCUCGCCGGUCAGGUAUUCACCCCUGUACUCCAAAUAAAUAUAAAAAGUACAGUCGUCGCUCCUGGGACAUGCAAAUUAAGCUUUGGCGAAGGGCACUUCAUGGUUGGGAUCCACCUGGACAUGAGAGGGAUCCACCUGGACAUGAGAGGGAAGUAUUUCUAAUAAUAAAAAUGUUGCCCAACUCUCAACAAAUAUGAAUGACUCACAUUAAUCAAAUAAACAAAUAAACAACAAAACCAAAAAUUAUAAUAAAAGCAAUUAAAGCUAAAAGAUGGCAAAUGCAAUGAAGCAAGCGGUGUUACUCUCCUUCACCAAAGGCCUGGAUGAAAAGUUUUUCAGGCUCUUCUAAACAACACCAGAGCUGGCCAUCCAGAUCUUGGGAACCUUGUUCCAGGGGGCAUCUUAAUUGAAUUGGUGAAGCAGAUGCUAUGGGAGGCAGUCAGUCCUUCAAGUAACCAGCUCUAUGCCUUUAAGCAUACAUAACAACCAGCACCUUGUAUCAAACCCAGUUGCAAACUGGCAACUAGUACAGCUUGCAAAGUAGAGAUGUUAUAUAGGUAGAUAGAGGCAUGCUUCAUUCUGGACUAAUGGGAGCUUUUGAGUGGUUUUCAAGGGCAGCCUCAUGUACAGCCUGUUGUGGAAGUCCAAUCACAAGGUGACAUAAGUAUAAAUGUCUGAAGGGACCCCCAAUCUAGGAAACGGUGUAAGUGGCACACUAGAUGGAAUUGUGCAAAAAUCUUCCUGGCCACAACUAACACUUAGAUUUCUAAUUUUGCUUAUUUGGUUUGAACAGAAAAAAAAUUCAAAAGUAAAUUAAGACACACCCAACCAUAUACUUCUCUGGUCAGAUAUUUUGCUAUCAGAAACUUAUUAAUAAAAUCCAUCAUUUGGCAGGUUUACUUUUAAUCACAAUUCUGUAUUGUAAAUAGCCACCUUUAUUGUGCAAUAUUUACUGCCAGCAGCCUGGUGACCCACUUAUAAAGUAAUGCUCCCACACUAUUCAGGAAUUGCAGGUCUAGUCUCCAGUCCAUAUGCACUCUCCUUGGUAUUCCUUAUCACCAUGGAGACAGAGUUAAUUGUCAACAGAGUUGUCAUGCUCUUCAGUGAGAGCAAAUGGUUCUGGUGCCCAUCAGAGGCUGGGAGUAUUUUACACUAUAUUAAGGUGGAAAAUGAAAAGGAUCACAUAUAUGAGAAAAGAAGAAGUGAGUAAAACACCAUUUUAUAUUUUCAUUCCAUUAAGUUCCAUGGGUUGCCUAUAUAUUGGCUAUCAUUCUGUGGCAGAAGGUAGAAGUGUUUAGGCUGACACAUUCAACUACUCCUAUUCCAUUUUUCAAAUGGGUUUUUAUUUACAUUCUAAGAUAGGAGUAUGGAAUAUUUUGUGGGUUGAAGAUUGAACUUCCUAGAAAUGUUUUGAAGGGUCACAUGGCAAUUGGCAAGGCCACAGUCCAAUGUGAUUGGGUCACCCUCUUUUCUUUCUGGGCUCUGGUCAGCAAAAACCUAGACAGCUCUUUCUGGAGAUCUAAACUGACUGUUAAGAUAGACAACUGCAGAUUGCUUUUUCCCAGUUUAGUCUCUAAAGCUUUUUAAUACAUUU